AUGAGAGACCACAGCAAAUCGACGGACUUUAAAAAAGUGCUGCAGGAAGCUCAACCAGGUACUUAUCUCUAUCAACUCAAAUUUAGUUUGCCCGAGUCUUUUUAUACCGAUGUCAUUCGUACAAAAGAUGCCUAUCGUAUUCGAAAUUUUAUACCUGACUUCUUGUAUAUCCUUCAAGAGAACAAAACCAAAAAAAUCAUGAUCAUUGAUGCCAAAUCAGCAAAAGAAAUGAGUAAAUCCCACCAAUUCCAAGUCGCUUCGUAUGCCUUUUGUCUGUCGUAUUUAAUCAAAGACAUACGAAAUUUGGAAAUCGAUGGGUUAGGUGGUGUCUGGUUACCUUCCGAUCUUGACUCGCCUGUGACUUUCCGUAUUGAUUUCCUAUUGAACAAGAUCAGAGCUGUCUAUCAAGACUCACUCGUCUCCAUUUCCAAAGAUCCUAAUCCAGACUGGGUGUUGAAUAAGAAAUGCGCCACAUGCAUCUUUAUCAAUAAGUGCAAGGCAGAUGCUGCUGGCACAGUGCGUUCUAUUCCGUACAUGAAUGAAGAAAAAGCAAGGCACCUCCGAGAAGAGACACCAGACAUUGAGGAUCUCGCUGAAUCACUUCAAAGUUUAAGAAUCAGCCAGCCAGUCAAUAAGGCCAGAACAGAAUAUCAAGAUUACGUAGACGCAUACAAUGACAAAAAACCAAGAUUCAAGGGCUAUGCCACUGUCUUGAUUGCAAAAGAAACAGAUCAUGCUAUCUAUAUCUAUCUUCAGAUGGAUGCGCGAUCAGAACGACCCUUUGUCUAUGGUCUUUCUGUCUUGGAUGCACAAGGCAUACAGGUAUCCCAGUUUUUUCAUGCUGUGGAUUAUCAAGCUCAUAUAGAGAAAGAACAAGAGACAUAUAGUGAAUUUGUAAAUAAUUUCAUACGUGAUCUAGUGUCUGUGUUAACGUACAUGCAUCAACGCAAAUCCCGCUGCUUGCUUUAUGUGUACAGUGAACAGGAGAAAAAGCAAAUCCAGAACUUUUUGUAUAAUCUUGUUGUAUCUGAAGGCAAAGAACUGGUUGGUGUCGACAAGGAAUACAUUCUCUCCAAUGCAAUGCGAUGCUUGGCCAUUCUUUUUCGCGAUAUACAGUUACUUGGCUUGCCUGGUAUUGUUCAUUUUCCCGACAUGGAUAGCUUGCUCUGUACAAGCUCAGUAGGUCGAUUCGUCUCUAUCGAAAAACUGCUGGAAGAUACCGUUGCCAUGGGCAUCCUGGCUUAUUACUCACUUGCUGAUGUGAUCCCAUGGAUGACAGACGAAGAAGAUACAGUAGUCGCUGCGCUAAAGAACCUUGAUUUGAAUAACUUUACUUACAGUAUCUGGAAAAAACCAGACUUAUUGACGCCUGGGGAACACAUGAAUUGUGCUACAGAAAAAACAAUUUUGGCUCGUUUUCUAUGCUUACAGCAAAUCAUGGCUAGUUAUUGGCAAUUAGCAAACGAUUACAUGGCAGUGCAUCAGAAAAACUUGUUUCCUUUGAUCUGUACACCUUUUCAAUGGCCUCAGAUACAAGCGUACAAACACCCAUUAUUAGCCAAAUUGGUCUUUUUCAAGCAGCUUGAAUGUAUCCAAUCAUGCGACCAGUUGAGAAUGGACCGGAUUCGAGACCUGUCUAAAUUAGAAAGAUUGGAUGAUCAACAAACAUUCGGUAGUUUAGUGCUGGAGUACGUUGGGGCUAUAGAGACAGGGAACCCGUAUGACGUUGGGCUUAUAUUCUCUGUCACUCCUUUGUUGAAUGGGCCUCAUUUGCAGACAAGGCUGGAGAAGCUCAAGUUUGAUACUUGGCGACGUUAUAUUCUAGUGGAAGAUAGUCGUGAGGGCAUUGUGGAAACCAUUCAAUAUUCCGAUUUGUUGUAUAUGAGUGCUGGCAAAUACAAAAAAAAAGGUAUUCGUUGUGUUGAUGUCAAAUCUGUCAGUCAAGACGAAAUUGUCUUGAUUGGUAAUCGUUGUAGUCCUCAACAGAGACGAUGGAGACUGUAUGAACGCUACAUGGACUUUACUACAAGUCAAUGCAUUGAGGCAUUAAAAUCCAUGGAUGCAGACGACCAAAUCAGUGAUGAUAUCAUGAACCUGAUCAAUGAUCCAAAUCGUUGGGCAGACGAGAAUGUCAUGGACGAUAUUGAUUUCAAGGCAAACAAUGCAGCAUUGCAGCUUCGAGAAAAAUUCUCCAUGUCGCCUUCUCAAAAGGACAUUUCAGCCAAUAUUUUCAAGAAACGGUUGCAAAUUAUAUGGGGCCCACCUGGCUCAGGCAAGACAGAAUUCUUGGCUUUGUUUGUAAACUGGUAUAUCAAAUGCUUUAAAGAGCAUCCUAAGAACAAGAGCAAGAAACUGAUGAUUGGCGUUACUGCUUUUACACGUGAAGCCAUCCUCAACUUACUGAAACGUAUUGAAAAAGUACAAGCCCGUCAUGGGUUUCAAGACUUGUUUUCUAUCAUGUAUGUCUGUGAUGGUCCACCCGAAAGUUUAGCUCAAUCCAGCAUCUUGUGUGAACGUUGGGAUUAUUCUAUCACCAAAGUCAACCAGUACAGAACACAAGAUCCUGGUCGCGUCUUUGUUGUGGGCGCCACGAAUUGGAAAUGGAACAAGAUCAGGGGUAAAUGGAAGACAUUUGAAGGCUGCAGUAUGAUGAUUAUGGAUGAAAGUACUCAGUUACUUGUUUCGGAUGCACUCUUGGCAGUUGCAUGCCUAAAGCGACCUAACGGAAAGUUAAUUGUUGCAGGUGAUCAUAUGCAACUAGGACCUAUUAUGAAGCACAAUUAUUCAGAUAUUCGAACGACUGUUCAAGACCCUAUGUUGUAUGGUUCUAUUCAACAAUGUCUUAUGCGUAACAGCAAGAACCAUGCCAUACCUAUCCGAGAAUUCUUGAUGCAAAAAGGUGCAUUGCAUGACUUUGGUCCUAAUACAUUGCAGCUAAAAGAUAAUUGGCGCAUGAAUGAAGGCUUGAAUCAGUUUUUUCAACAUGUCUAUGGUCCUGACUAUACAGCUCGUUAUCCAAGAAUCAAACUACACUUGGACUGGAAUCAACUUUCAAGAGACAUGGUUGAUCAUACACGCCUUCCACUGAUCAAGUCUAUCUUGGAUCCUCUUAAGCCUAUUUCCCUUGUCAAAUUGAAGCACACGACUGAGUAUGAUGCCAUUCAAGAAGAAGGUCGUAUGGUUCAAUUGAUCGUAGCAUAUUAUCUCUCCUCAAAAAUGAAAAAUGUGCCUCGUUCUGAAACUCCCAUCCAUAGGGAUCCGAACGAACCUAAUGUGAUGAUUGUCACACCAUACCAUCAACAGCGCAUUGAGAUACAGAGAAGGUUAAGUCAACUAGGGUCUCGGAUUAAAGUCGAUACGGUUGAGAAGAUACAAGGUCAAGAAUGCGAUUUGGUCAUUGCUUGUUUCACUUUUGUGAGAAGUGCUGCAUCGAGUUAUGAAUUCCUACGUGACUUUAGAAGAUGGAACGUUGCCUUAUCCAGAACAAGGUAA